AUGGCCAUUAUAUAUUCUAUUGAGAAAAUAAAUGAACGUUUAAAUCAGUUACGGAUCGAAGAAGAAAACAACGAGACUGAAAGAAGUCAACUUCUGGAUCACUUGAAAAAGUUUAGUUCAAAUGAAGAUACACUCAAGGUUGUUGCUGCAUUAACAUCUUUACAUAAGAAUAUGGAAUUAAUCAAAGAAGAACGUUUGGAAAUUUUGAAACAUUUUCCAAGACACAUGGAAGAAGAUACUAUUUCUGCACGAAGUAAGAAAAUACGAAGAAAUCUACCACCAACAACUAUUGCAUCCAAAUGGAACUUAAAUAUCUUGAAUCCUUACUUAAUACAAUUUGAAGAAGUGUACACAUUUGAAGAAUUGCUGUUUCAAACACCACCAAAAAUAUCUGAUCGUGCACUACGUUUCAUCGAUGUUUGCUCUCUUAUAUCGCUACAAAAUCUUUUAAGGACUGAAUUUCCACCGGAUCAUCAAGCUUCAUGUUUUGCUAAACAUUUGUAUUUGACAAUGAAUCAACGUUUUUCCAAUAUGGAAUCUAGCAUUGAUGAUGCAGCUACUGUUCUAUUUGAUGCUUUAGGUUUCAAUGAUGCCCAGGUCGAACAUUCCGGCUACCGGAUCCCGUCUCGAAACAAAUUACAGUUUCAAAUGUCAAACAAAGUGGUUUAUGCAGAUGCUGAUCUUACUGUUUUCAAUUUGAGAACAGCGAUUCGUUUAGCAGUUGUGGAAAAUAAAAGAGUUGUGGGUUCCUCAAACGAAUGUGUAAAUGGUGAACCACAAUUAGUCGCUGAAGCAGUUGCUGCUGCUAUGUAUAACGAAAAGAUAAUUGCUAAAAAUCGACGUCGGACAGUGAGCGCACCAGCAGCAACAGGCGUCAACUUAUCUGAAAUCCCAUCAGCUGAUACAUCAGUUGUAUCAAACCAGGAUAGAAUCUUCAUGAUGCUUAUAUCUGGUCUGGAGAUUAGGUUUUAUGCACAUAAAUUUUCCAAUAUGAUUUUAAAUUGUAUUGCAAAUGAAAUCGAACCGAAUGAAACAACGCAAAUAGAAAAAUUCUCGGUUAUGGAAAAUGGUGUAAAACGUCAUGGACUAUCACUGGUAGAUGCAGAUGAUCGUGCUAUCAUUUUUCGCAUUAUGGACAGUAUCCAACAAACCAUUUCAACAGUUUUAUGUUGA